AUGGUUGAGCUAGUUGAGCAGGCUGCUAUGGUUGAGAGGGGACUUGAGGAGGAAGCUUAUGACCUUAGGAGUACACAGCAGAAAGCAACCAAGGGAGCAAAAUCACUUAAGCGAGCAGGAGAUAACCGUGGUGCAGGAUCGGGAAAGAAUAACCAACAGUGUAACAUGUGUGGAAAGAGGCAUGGAGGAGUGUGCUGGAGUACUUCUGGGAAGUGUUUCCAUUGUGGGAAGAUUGGUCAUACGUGGGCGAAUUGUUCAGAGAGAGACAAUAAUUACAGGAGGUGUGGAAAGCCAGGUCAUUUUGCACGGGAAUGCAGAGGGAAUAUAAUAGGCGGACAUCAAGGCAGUAAAAACCAAGGAAUCUUGCCUCCACCUCCUAAAAGGCAAGCAAUUGGAUCUCGGGUGUAUGCUGUAGCAGACGAGGAUGGUGCGGAACCGAUGGGUGUCGUCGACGGUUCCCCUGUCGCUUCCACUAUAGCCGACGGUUCCCCCGUCGCGGCGGGUAGAGGCAACAAUGGAGGAUUACCCUGUAGAAGGGUCUGGAUGAAAAUUGAAACUGCGGGAACUCAAGUAGUAGGAUCAUCAAGGACUUAUCGGGAUGUUCAUGUGGUGAUAGAAGGAGUAGAGUUACUUGGUAAUUUUAUUGAGAUGGAGUUGAGACGCUAUGAAGUAAUUUUUGGCAUAGACUGGUUAAAGCGACAUGACGCCAACUUGGACUGCCGGGGAGCACGGGUUACCAUUAACCGAAGUGAAGGGAAUUUGGUAUUUCUGGGAGUUGUAACAAAUAACGGGAUACCUAUUAUUUUGAUGAUUCACACAGAGGAGUUACAGUGGAAUAGGCCUGAAGCAUAUUUGGCGACAAUUUCUAUUGAGGGGGGAGACACAACAGUAGAGUUGGAUGACAUUCCUGUAGCAUCAGAAUAUGCAGAUGUUUUUGAACCGCUCAAAGGACCACCACCAGAUAGAGGAGAUUAUUUCACUAUUGAGUUGGACCCAGGGACUGCUCCAAUAUCCAAGGCGCCUUACCGUUUAGCUCCAACAGAAAUGGCGGAAUUAAAGAAGCAGUUGGAUUUGUGA